UUAACCCUUUACUAUUUACAAAGGAAGGCGUAGGGCUUUUCGUUUCCUCGUCUUCAUGAUGAUAAUAAAACCCGUUAGAAAAUAACGAAAACCCAAAUCAAGAAUUAUUCACGGAAGCAAAAAAUCAUAACCAAAUCAAAGGCGCUUGGUUUUAGAACGAAAAUCAAACCCAAAUUCCGCUACCCCGCUAUGGUAUUGUUCAUCGAAAUAUUUUGAACCAUUCAGAUUAGGCGACGAUGAACGACUGUGGUGAAGACAAGCAACGGUUAGUUAUUUGAUUGAACAACUUCUAAAUGGAACAAGGAGGAGAGAAACCGUUAAUUGAAAUGGAGAGGUGUGGUGUGGCUGAGAUGGGUUGUUCAGAUACUGUAAAUUGGGUGAGGAAGCUGCUUUUUAGGCGAAUGUUGGUAGGGAUUAAAGAUGGACGCUUUUUCUUGGGCACUUUCCACUGCAUUGACAAGCAAGGAAACAUUAUUCUCCAAGAUACAGUGGAGUAUCGUAGCACCAGAUGCUCCUCUCCUUCUCCAAUGGAACAACGAUGCCUUGGUCUCAUUCUCAUUCCUUCUUCAUCUAGAACCUCUUGUCAUAUAGAUUGCUCCAUUGAUGAGAAAUUGUCUCUGCUAAAAGUUAACUAAUAAUAGUCUUUCGAAAAAAAUUAUGCUUUAAACAAAAUCUGUUUAGAUGCAAGGAAUGAAGAAAUGUUAUUUAUAAUAGAAACUUUUGCUUUGUUGGCGAAGAGAAUCAAGAUUCUUGGUUUAUUAUCAUUUGCUAGUUAUUUAAGUAUUUUUGGUUCUAUCAUGUACGUGUUCUAAACUUGAACCGUUAAUUGAUAUUUCAAAUUUUUUUUGGCCUA